GCGGGCUCCUCCGGGUCACGUGGGCUUUUUCGCGCGAAAGCUACUUGCCCGGGAAGGAAGGAACUGCGGGUCGGGUAGCUGAGCUGAAGCAACUAUGGCGGAUUCCUCAGAGUCUUUAAAUAUAGCCUCCUCCAGUCCAGCCCGAAGAUACAGACGUGUCAGUGAUGGUUUGACAUCCAGCCCGGGGCGAGGUUCCCGGCGUGGGGGCACUGAUGCUUUGACCUCCAGCCCUGGCAGAGACCUGCCACCAUUUGAAGAUGAAUCAGAAGGUCUUCUGGGCACUGAAGGGCUUCCUGAUGAAGAGGAAGAGGAUGGAGAAGAGCUUAUUGGGGAUGGAAUGGAGAGGGAUUACCGAGCCAUUCCCGAGCUAGACACCUAUGAGGCAGAAGGGUUAGCCCUCGAUGAUGAAGAUGUGGAGGAGCUGACAGCCAGCCAGAGGGAAGCUGCUGAGCGGGUGAUGCGGCAGCGAGACCGGGAGACUGACCGAGGCUUGGGGCGCAUGCGCCGAGGGCUGCUCUAUGAUAGUGAUGAAGAAGAUGAGGAACGGCCAGCCCGGAAGCGGCGCCUGGUGGAGCGGGGCACAGAGGAGGGAGAGGAGGAGGAGGACAUGAUAGAGAGCAUUGAGAAUCUAGAGGACUUGAAAGGCCACACCGUUCGGGAGUGGGUGAGCAUGGCAGGCCCUCGACUGGAGAUCCACCAUCGAUUCAAGAACUUUUUACGCACUCAUGUGGAUGGACACGGUCACAACGUCUUCAAGGAGCGAAUUAGCGACAUGUGUAAAGAGAACAGGGAAAGCUUGGUAGUAAACUAUGAAGACCUGGCUGCCCGGGAACAUGUCCUGGCCUACUUCUUACCCGAGGCACCAGCAGAGCUCCUUGGGAUCUUUGACGAAGCUGCCCGAGAGGUGGUGUUGGCCAUGUACCCAAAGUACGACCGAAUUGCCAGUCACAUCCACGUCCGUAUCUCUCACCUUCCCCUAGUGGAGGAACUGCGCUCCCUCAGGCAGCUGCACCUGAACCAGUUAAUCCGAACCAGUGGAGUGGUGACCAGCUGCACAGGAGUCCUGCCUCAACUCAGCAUGGUCAAGUACAACUGCAACAAAUGCAACUUUGUCCUGGGGCCAUUUUGUCAGUCCCAAAACCAGGAGGUGAAGCCCGGCUCCUGUCCUGAAUGCCAGUCCGCUGGUCCCUUUGAAGUCAACAUGGAAGAGACAAUCUACCAAAACUACCAGCGCAUCCGAAUCCAAGAGAGUCCAGGGAAAGUGGCUGCGGGCAGGCUUCCUCGGUCCAAAGAUGCCAUCCUCCUUGCCGAUCUAGUAGACAGCUGCAAGCCAGGAGAUGAAAUUGAGCUGACAGGCAUCUACCACAACAACUACGAUGGCUCCCUUAACACUGCUAAUGGCUUCCCUGUCUUUGCUACGGUUAUCUUGGCCAAUCAUGUGGCCAAGAAGGAUGACAAAGUAGCUGUAGGGGAACUGACUGAUGAGGAUGUGAAGACUAUUAUUAGCCUCUCUAAGGAUCAGCAGAUUGGAGAGAAGGUCUUUGCUAGCAUUGCCCCUUCUAUCUAUGGACAUGAAGACAUUAAGAGAGGCCUCGCCCUGGCUUUAUUUGGAGGAGAACCCAAAAACCCAGGUGGCAAGCACAAGGUUCGAGGUGAUAUCAAUGUGCUGUUAUGUGGGGAUCCUGGCACAGCCAAAUCGCAGUUCCUUAAGUAUGUGGAAAAAGUGUCUAGCCGAGCCAUCUUCACCACUGGCCAGGGGGCCUCAGCUGUGGGGCUCACUGCAUAUGUCCAGCGGCAUCCUGUCAGUCGAGAAUGGACCUUAGAAGCUGGAGCAUUGGUUCUGGCUGACCGAGGGGUGUGCUUGAUUGACGAGUUUGACAAGAUGAAUGACCAGGACAGGACCAGCAUCCAUGAAGCCAUGGAACAGCAGAGCAUCUCCAUAUCCAAGGCUGGCAUCGUCACCUCCCUGCAGGCCCGCUGCACUGUCAUCGCUGCUGCCAACCCCAUAGGAGGGCGUUAUGAUCCUUCAUUGACUUUCUCAGAAAAUGUGGAUCUCACAGAGCCCAUCAUCUCCCGCUUUGAUGUCCUGUGUGUUGUGCGGGAUACUGUGGAUCCUGUUCAGGAUGAAAUGCUGGCCCGCUUUGUGGUUGGCAGCCACGUUAAACACCACCCCAGCAAUAAGGAAGAGGAGGUAGCCAGUGGUAGGGCACCGGAACCAGCCUUGCCAAACACAUAUGGUGUGGAGCCCUUACCUCAGGAGAUACUGAAGAAGUACAUCAUCUAUGCCAAGGAGAAGGUCCACCCAAAACUCAACCAGAUGGACCAGGAUAAAGUUGCCAAGAUGUACAGUGACCUAAGGAAAGAAUCCAUGGCCACAGGCAGCAUCCCCAUCACGGUUCGGCACAUUGAAUCAAUGAUCCGAAUGGCAGAAGCCCAUGCCCGCAUUCACCUUCGGGACUAUGUGCUGGAAGAUGAUGUCAAUAUGGCCAUCCGGGUGAUGCUAGAGAGCUUUAUCGAUACCCAGAAGUUCAGCGUUAUGCGCAGUAUGCGCAAGACCUUCGCCCGUUACUUAUCGUUCCGGAGGGAUAACAAUGAGCUAUUACUCUUCAUCCUGAAGCAGCUAGUGGCAGAACAGGUGAUCUACCAGCGCAAUCGCUAUGGGGCCCAGCAAGACACCAUUGAGGUACCUGAGAAGGACCUAGUGGAUAAGGCUCGUCAGAUCAACAUCCACAACCUUGCUGUUUUUUAUGACAGUGAACUCUUCAGAAUGAAUAAAUUCAGCCAUGACCUGAAACGGAAACUGAUUAUCCAGCAGUUCUAAGACCUCAGGACACUGUAGCUAAUUAUGUACUUUGCUUCUGGAAGGUCAAGACAGCUUUGAACACCCUGUUUGCUUUGUGCCUUAGGGAAACCUCACCCAAGAGCUUUGUUAAACCACCAAUGGACAUGGGAAAAUGGUGGAGUCCUGUUGGUUCAGGAUUCGGACACCUUAACUUGGCCACCAGGGUCCCCUUGGCUGUGGUUCUGAAGGUCACUGGUUGUGGGCCGGAAUGGUCAUUUUGUAUGUUCUCUUCCUUUGCUGCUUUAGAUGCCUCUAUUUUGUAUUUUUCUUCCUAGCUUCUCUGGAGCUUGAGCUCAAGACCUUGUGAUCUAAAAGAUAGUGCCCUCUUAUUGAUUUUGGUCAGAGAAAAUUUCAUAUUUAAUAAUAUUCUGAAAGCAUGAGAUACCCUGGCCCUGCGCUUAGUUGACUUUGGCCAGAUGACGUAUUAAGACUGGUUUUUUUCCACUCUGGCAUUUCAUUUAUCAUCUUUAGUUAUUUGUGCCAUCCUCUGCUUAAUAGCAGUUACAAGUGAGUAGGAAAAACUAGUGUAUAUCACUUCUAGAACUGUCUGCCUUACACUCAUCUGGGUAGAGGUGAAUAUCUGUAUAGAACAGAAAUUAGAAACCUAGCAAUAUAAAGUGGAUAAUUUUGACCCUGCCUGGCCCUCCUCAACUGAGGAGAGUCAAGCAGCAAAUAUGUGACUACAUUAUAUGAUCAUGAGGGCCAAAGGUUCAGUCGUUUUUGCCACAUCCACCUUUUCCCAUCCCAGUUGUUUCCUUUUUACCAAUGGUUUUUGUACAUUGUGUUUUCACUUUUGUAGUUUUCAUUUUGCAUAAGAUGAUUAAAAUGUUUACUUGGAAA